UGUUUCUGAGGUUAGACUAGCUUAAAAGCCAUCUAACGUCAAUUCUAGGUAACAAAAAUGUUUAGAUUUUUUAAAGGUUAUUUGUUAUCUACCCGACAACACAAUAAUUAUUUAAAAAUACAUUGUUAAUAAUACUUAUAAAUAUAUAUUACCUACAAUGGGGGUAACAAUAUUACAACAAUUUCCAAUUGUGGAGAAUAGAACAGGUCCUUCUACAAUCGAAUUGCUUACCAAGCGUAUUUUAGCCUUGGGCGCAGUGCAACAAGGACAAUAUUUGGUUGACUGUGAAACAUACAUGUCUGUACCCCAAUUGGGCGCCCAACGGACCGUCCACGUCCUGCAUAACUCUGAACAACCCGCCACAGUCUUCUCUAUACUGGAAACAGGUACAAAAACAAUUCCCCUGGCUGCUGAUGGCUUAUUUGAUCUGUUAAUGAUGAAGAUGUCAAACUUCUACACAUCAAAAAAACAAAAAGCUGAAUCAAAGGGCCCCAGGUUUGAAAUUGGAGAUUUCUGUGUAAAGUUGGGCACAGUCACAAUCAGUUCAAACUUCAAAGGAAUUUUAGUUGAAGUGGAAUACAGAGCUUGUUUAGUGCCAAGCAUGUGUUGGGAGCUAAUAAAAGAAUUCCUCCAAGGAUUUCUUGGCUCAACAGUACAAAGUGCACCUCCACCAUAUUUAGCCAAUAGGAUGCAGGAGAACUACACACCUAUUGAUACAAUCCAUCAGUAUUUGGAACACUUUACACAUUAUAGAAAAUCUGUUGGCAUGAGACAGUAAUUUGUAAACUUUUUUUUAAUAAAACAUUCAUACAAAGA